AGCAGUGCCAACCUCCAGUCAUAUUACAGGAUACUGUUCCUUUACAGACUGUCACUUCGACACGAUUCAUUAAAAGAGUGGUAAUAAAAAGCUAUGGGUUCCGGAGAGAGCACGAGCAGGAGAGUCUCUUUCGGCCUAGAUGAGGACGAUAGGGUGAGGAUUCUGCGUGGAGUGAAGCUAUCUGAAGAUGUUCUACAGCGCAUGAGAAAUGCUGGUCAAACCCCUGAACCAAGUCAGCCAUUCAAUAAUAAAGAAAACCAAGGACAGCAGACUCAACCUUCCAGCACAUCUGAAACUUCACCUCCAAAAACUCAGACCAGGACCACUUUUCCUGACACUAAAGAGGAGCUAAGGAAGAGGUAUGAGCAGCAGCAGGCCAUUAUACAAGAGGAGCUGUCUCGCAUUGCACAGAAAGAGAGAGAGGCAGCACGGCAGGACAUCACACGAGCAGUGCAGAGAGAGAGAGUGCAGACGCGGCAGGAGUUUGAGAAAGCCAAACAGCUGCCUGCCUCUGAACUGGAUGCCUGGGGGAAACAGCUGGAGAAGGAGGAGGCUGAACUAAAGGCGCUGGAUGCCUUCUAUAGGGAGCAGAUCACACAGCUAGAAAAGAAGAAUGAAGAGCGCUUCAAGUUGUCUGCUGAACAAUUCCACACUGCUGCAGCCAGGAGUGAAGCCAGCAUAAAGUUGCGCAACAUGGAACCGGUGUGUAUGAACCUGCAAGCUCAGAUCCUGAACUGCUACAGACAGAACCGCGAACAGACGCUUCAGUGCUCAGAUCUGGCCAAAGAGUACAUGCAGUGCAUCAAUGCAGCCAAGAAGAAUCUGUUGGUGAAUCACGGAUAAAGAUCUGUACUGCUCUUCAGCAGGGCUGCCAUCUUACCUGUCACUCUGGUUCAUCUGUGUGGUGGGUUUUACGGGCCGCUGCAUCUUCAGCCUUUCCAUCCAAUUACCAUCUGAUCCCUGGGCUCUGAGUCGCACUACAUUAUAGUGAACAAGCUAUAUUGUACAGGCCGCUAUUACUUUUUUCCAUUAUCUGUAAUAGCACUGACAAUGGGAUCGCAGAAAUGCAAGGCUUGAUUUUUAUAUUACACUCGGGAAGUCCUGAUGCUUUUAAUUGUCAGGGUUUUAUUUAUGAAUUGUAUUUCAUCAAAACCAUAUCUUCAUAAACGGAUAACUGGACAAAGUUGGUCAUGCUUCUGUAUUUUUAUUCCUUUUUAUAUAUGACUAAUAUUGAACUCAAUAUCAGACAUUCAUGAAUGCAUUUUUGCUUCUGUCUGCACAGUUUUUUAAUGGUUUAUCUAUGUAAACAUGCACUAGACAGACAUCUUUGACCGUUGCACCGCUUAUCUUUUAUUCUUUUUGCGUCUCGUGCUGGAGCACCACAUUUUAAGAUCAAGUGUCAAGUUAAAAUAACUUUUAAAAAAUCUUGAGAGACUCCUACAUUUUGUUUGAUUUGUUGCACUGUAUCUAGCUUUGUUUAACCAAGAACCCAUAAGAAUGUCUGAAACUGAAUCGGUUAGUCUUUUCAUUUCAGCAUUUUUACACAUUAAAAAAACUCCUAAUAUCAAUGGAUAAAGGAAUAGAUUACCCAUAAUGGUACAUCCUGUCAAUGUUGCUUUUAUCUGUUAUAACAUAUAUCUGUUAUAACAUAAAUUGAGAAAUUAUGAAGAAUAUUCACACAACUCUUUUCCAUACAAUAAAAGUUCAUAAUGACCAUGUCGGUCAAGCUCUUAAAAGCAUGAAAAAGAAAAGAAAAAAAAAACGUAAAACAUAUAAAAGAACUAUAAAAGCAGUUCAUAUGACUUGGGUGCUAUAUUCCAAGUCUUCUGAAGCUAUAGGAUAGCUUUAUAUGAGGAAUCGCCCUAAAUUUGAGAUAUUCACUGUAAAUCUUGCCCUCUGUUGUAUAGCUUUCGAUCAAAUAUGCCACAUUUUGUCAGCCUACAAGUCAAUGACAUCAUCAGGUUACUCAUGUCAGCUUAGAAGUCGGUGUUAUCAUCAAACGUCAUUGGUUUUCAUGCAUCUUGUGAUUUGUUUUUGAAGUUUGACAGAUGUGGCCACUGUGAAUUAUCGUUGUACAUUAUGGAAUAGAGCCAUGUAAAGAUUCUUUAGAAAUUCUCCUAUAUCAGGAAAAUAACUGCUAAUGAGCUUUGAAUGAAAUUAGGAUGAGUAAAUAAUGACAGAAUUUUCAUUUUUGGAUUGUAUGCCUUUAAUCAAAUUAAUUUGACAUGUCUGAACAUUUAAAGAGUACAAAUGUUGUGUCUGAUUGAGUGCAACCUAUUCUUGUAGCGAGAAGACAGACGAAGACAUGAUUGAUCUGCGAGUAGUGACACCGUUUCGGUGUCAUACAUGUACACACUACCUCAAUUUGUUGCUUUUGACGUGGUUGUGUCUCCCAUGUGAGCUCAGGCAAUUGUGGUGAGAUGGCAUCACACACACACAACCUUCAAUUAUCAACCUGACACACACUGCAUCUCUACACUCAGUUCAGAUGCGCACACAUGCUUCAUGUCAGCAUACACACACCCUUCUGUCAGGCCUAAUAAGGUUCUCAAUCCAUUCUAGCAGGAUUGACUAGGGAAUUACCUUGUUAAGGAUACAGCAAGAGUCGAGGCAGGUUGCCUUUGCUGAAUUUGUGUACGUGUGGGUGGUCUGUCAUCAUACAGUGUGGAGGGCAAGUAGUGAUUUGUUGUUGUGGGGCAACUGAUUCUGAAUCUGAGACAUUCACAACCCAUUUUGCUUUUGCAAUUUGUUGCAUUUCUGAGUGAAACCUAAUAUUCAUUGCGAUACAUUUUUGGAAAAUUAUUGGAUUGUAAAAACGGUCAUUCAGCUUAACCUCUCCUUUUGAGUUCUAUGGAAGAAAGAACAUCACACAUGUUGACAGAAUUUACAAUUUUUUUAAGUAUUCUUUAAGUAUGAUAUAAUCAGUAGGUAAUAAGACAAGUGUGUGAGUUGAGUUUGUGUGAUCCCAUGGCACACCUUUAGUACAGGCUCUUCAGACAGCGAACACACAGUCAGCAGAAGUGCCGUAUGUGUUGUGGUGAGGACAAGAUGGUAGGCGAUAACAGGAGCGAGGAAUGAGGGCAAAGGUUAAUACAGUAAGUGCUCCAUCAUACACCGAUGAGGUCUGCCAGAUCAGCCAUACACGGUUAACAUUAGAGAGAGAGAGAGAGAGAGAGAGAGCACAGCUGGGCUUCCCUCUGUACACUAGAUAUGCACUGAACAUCGGCAAUACAAGGUGCAAAUAAAAGGGAUAGUUCACCCACAAAUGAAAAUUGUGUCUUUAUCUAUUCCCCCUUAUGUCAAUUAAAGUAUGGAUGUUAAUUUAGCAAGAUGUCCAGAAGCUGCUCUUUUCUAAACAAUAGAAGUAUGAUUGUGGGUGUCAAGCUCCAAAAAAGACAAUAAAUAAAUAAAUGGCUAUGAAAUUAAAAUAACUGUAGUACAUAUAGCUUUUUAAAUAUUUUUUAUUACACGGCUCUCUAGAAAACCUGAUUCUGUUUAGUCAGUGGCGCCAUCUAGCUGUCUGAUCAGCUCAUCCAGGUAUCUGGGCCAUCUUUACUAAUUUUCAGAUCACUGCGCAGUCUCUACAAGUAAGCUAAUA